AUCAUCAUCAUCAUCAUCAUCAUCAUCAUCAUCAUUACUAUUAUCAUUAUCAUUUCGCCAUUGCUGUUUGGGGAUUCUGGACCUUGAAUCUUCUUCACAGUUAUUACUUUUUUGCACUUCAGAGAAUUCACUUCAAUCUCGACUCCUACACUUUCUAUCACCACUUCUCCAAUUCAUUCCAUCUCAAAAGUAGGCCUCAGAGUAUCUCACCCAUCCACCAGAUCUAUCAAUCCAACACUUUCCAUUAUACACCCACCAGCUUUGCUUAUUCUUCACUCUUUCUUUGCUUGCUUGCUUCCUUCCUUCCUUCCUUCCUGAUCGAGAAACGAAUUCCUUACAGAGUACGAACCCAUCAAAUCCAUCUCUUCCCUCCCCCUCACCAAAAGAAGAGCCAAAACAAAAUAUCUUUUUUCAUUUGAGAAUAAACUCGACCGACAGCUUCUACAGCAGCAGCAACACACACUCAUUACAAUCCAAUACCGGUACAUCAACAUCAACAAUAAUAUCAAUUUCAUUUUCACUACCUCCAUUACCACCUUUACGACGAAUUCCAUUCAUUACAAUUGUUAGUUUCUAAAAUAAAAUAAAAGCAUUAUCUAUCUCCUAGCUUUUGUUACUCUCGUUCAUUAAAUCGAUCAAUCAAUCAAUCAGUCAGUCAAUCGAGCUUUCAAAAAGCUCUUGUUUUACUCCAAUUCAAGCCAAUUCACUUCUCAAUUCAAUUCGACGUCGAUCAAUCAUAAGAUUCGCAUUUAAAUCAAUUUCCAUUCCUUCCUUACUUCCUUCGAAACAAGCCUCAAAAACCGAUACGCCAUAAAUACAUCACAUAACAUAAUCAGGGGGGGCAGGUAUCAUCUCAUCUUUUCGAAACGGUAAAAUCAUCAUACCGCCUCCACCUCCUCCUCCACUUCAUCCCAGCUUUCAAUUCAAUACCGCCAAAAUAGCUACAUUACGAGAAAACCAGUACCCUCAAAUUCCAUCUUUUGAAGAUGCGAUGAUCUAUUCAAACGAUGCGGGUUAUCCAACAUCAAUGCCUGGUUCACCUCCCGAGUUAUCGGGAUCCAAAUCCUCGAAAUCCUCCUCAUUCCAUUCCUCUUACCAAUCCGACAACGAUGAGAUUCUUUCCGACGUCAAUCAUUUCGAAGAAAUUGGACUCGACGAUGAAUCAAGAAUUGACUCGGACGUUGGGGAAUUCGCCGUUAAAAUGUCGACAAAUCCAUACUCUUCAACAUUCACAACGGACCUGCGAAGUCAAGCAAAGCAACAACGACAACAACGAAGUCCCAUGUCUGCUACACAAGGAAAUACUAGAAUUCCAAGAGAUUUGACAUCAACGACAAAAAUUCGUCUGGGUUAUCCAACAUUGAGGUCACAGAUAAGAAAUGCGGCAUCGGAUGGCUUGGCAAUUGUGCCUGUACCCAGUUCGUCAGCAAAAACUAGAAGAGGAUUGAGUAGUCCCAGUGCACCUGUAUUACCGACUACACUUACACGACAGCGAAGUUUGAGCCCAAAUAUUGGCGCGAGUCCACGGAGUAGUAUUUCCGGAGCUUCCGUGAAAGGAAGAAGAGGAAGUUGGGUUUCGAAUCGAGAACGAAAGACUAUACAAGAGUUAGAAAAGGAAUGUGAUGAGGAUGAUGGAGAUGAUGUACCUGAUGAAUGUCUUUUGGAGAAUGUGCCAAUAUCGCCGCGGCCUCCACAAGAACGAGCAAGUGCUGCACCAUCAGCAUCGACGAGUCCUGAGAGACCAGCAAAGGAGAAAAUAAAGCCACUUGGGAAUGGAACCUCUGCCAAACCGGCAGAACAGGGAGAACUUAGAUCACCAAGAGCAAUCAUGACACGAGGAAUGACGACGGGACAAUUUUCAACUAAUCAUUUUAAUUCUAAUAAACCUCGGGCAAAGAGUUGGAACGAAGCUUUGUCAGAUUUGAGUGAAGAAGCAAAGGCUUUGACAGAAGCUUUAGAGGCACAUGCGGAGGAUGAAGAGAGAAGGGAUUCCGAUUCUCAUAAUUACCAACGUUCAGCCAAGCCAACAAGAGUGAAAUCAUCAUUCGCCGAAUUACCUCCAUUGCGAAGGACCGAACUUAUGAUUGAUCCGUUACCUAUAUCAAAGGAGAAGGAAGCCGUUCUCUCGAGAACUAGACCAUCAUGGCUUCCACCGAAGGAUCCAGCUGAGGAAAGGCGACAUCUCAAAGAAUAUCAAAAGAUGAUGGCAUCAGCAGAGAAAGUGGAACGUCAGAGAGAAUCCGAAAAACGUAGUAAAUCAACUUGUAGAGAUGAUACAGCAAGUUCUUUGUUACGGAUUUGGGAAGAACAUGUCUUACCCAAUUGGGAUGAUGUGAUAAGACAACGAAGAACGAGAGAAUUAUGGUGGAGAGGUAUAGCACCAAGAAGUCGUGGAGCCGUAUGGCUAAGAGCGAUUGGAAAUCCUUUGGGCCUAUCGGACUCAUCAUAUACUGCUGCUCUCCGAAGAGCUCAAGCUUUAGAAACGACAAUUAAGAGCGGUUCUCAAUUAAAUGCAGAAGAAGAAAGGAAGAAAGGCUGGCUUGAACGGAUUGAGAGAGAUGUCAAGGAGACAUAUCCUGAAUUACGAAUAUUUCAACCCGAGGGUCCUUUGCAUGUGGCAUUAAUGGAUGUUCUCAAAGCUUAUGCCAUGUACAGGAGUGAUGUGGGUUACGUGCAUGGAACAAGUACAAUUGCAGCUAUACUUCUUCUCAACCUUCCCGAUCCUUCCUCGUCUUUUCAAGCUCUCUCAAAUAUUCUCAAUCGACCUCUUCCUCUCUCCUUCCAUACCAAUGACUCCGGCGCCAUUUCUCGUGUUUAUGACCUCUUCCUCACCACUCUAUCACAGAAGUUUCCACGUCUUCAUUCUCAUCUCACAUCAGAAGAAUUAAACUUCAAUCCAGAUGUUUAUCUUCGUGAAACAUUUGUAUCACUAUUCACGAGUUCGAUAUCCUUUGAUAAUGCGAGUAGAUUAUGGGAUGUAACAGUUUUUGAAGGCGAUUCAGUAUUGGUUAGAGCGGCCGUGGCACUUUUUGGAUCUUUGGAAAGUAAACUUCAUGGUGUUAGUAAGGAUGAAGAAAUUUUGGUCGUUCUUCAAGAGGGGAUUGGUGCUGAGGGAAUGGGAGAAGAGGAUUGGAUUGCGGCUGUUAGAGGCGCUGGGAAGUCGUAAGAUUAUUUGUAGAUGGAUGGAUGGAUUGAUGGGCAUAAGGAGUUUGGAGCAAGUUGAAUGGGAAUGAAAAGGAAUUGCGAGGAAAAGAUGGAUGAAUGAGUGGAAUGUACAGUACCAGUCUAGUCGUCCUACAUACAAUUUCGUGUAGGUGUACAGUAGUUUAGAUGGGGAAGCGAUGAUUAAUCGAUCGAUCGACAGAUCAAUUAAUCAAUCAAUCAAUCAAUAAAGGAUUUUAUGUUACUGUUUUUGAUGAGGUGAAUGAUUUAAUUCUAUCAUGAAAAAUGUAGUGUGUAUGUGUUUGAUACGGUAGAG